CCUCAUGGUCUCGAACGACAGACAACAAACCGAAGGCAGAGAGGCACAGCCAGGGGCGGGGCCAUUGUUUCGCAUCCCCCUUCCUAGCUUCCCGGAGAACCGAACAAGUGUAGACGGAAUCCAUGGAGCCGGCGAUCUCGACUGGCGGAAGGUUCGUGAUCGAGGCGGAGGAGGCGGAAGCGCUGGCCAAGGAGGCGGGCGUCACGGCCGUGAGGGAACUCGUACCCCUCCUCGUCCCCGCGGCCAAGCUGAUGGCGCGACCCCCCAUCUCCCGCUUCUCCGUCGGCGCCGUCGGGUUGGGCGCCAACGGCCGCAUCUUCGUCGGCGUCAACGUCGAGUUCCCUGGCCUGCCGCUGCAUCACUCCGUCCAUGCCGAACAGUUCCUGGUGGCCAACGCAGCUGCGCACGGCGAGUCCGCGAUCCUGUACAUCGCCGUAUCCGCCUUCCCUUGUGGCCACUGCCGCCAGUUCCUCCAGGAGAUCCGUGGCGCCGGGGAGAUUCAGAUCCUGGUCACCUCCGACGCCGACCCCGCCUUCCGCCCCCUGUCCUCCCUCCUGCCCCACCCUUUCGGCCCCCACGAUCUCCUCCCCAAGGGCGCGCCGCGCCUCCUCGAGCCGCACGAAAACGACCUCGGUGGCCUCGAUCGCAAUGGGGGCGGAGGAGGCGGCGAUUUGGGGCAGAGGAUGCGGGAGGCCGCGAAGGCGGCGGCUAGGGCAUCGCACGCGCCGUACUCCGGGUGCGCGGCGGGGUUUUCUGUGGCCGACGGGAAGGAAAGGGUGUACGCCGGGUCCUACGUGGAGUCGGCCGCGUACAACCCUAGUCUCGGCCCCGUCCAGGCAGCGAUGAUCGCCUGCCUGGCCGCUGGCGGCGGGGGCGAGGGAGAGGUCGUCGGGAAGGGGAUCGUGGAGGCGGUCCUAGUGGAGAAGGAGGCCGCGGCGGUGUCCCACGAAUCGACGGCGAGGAUCUUCCUCGCGGCCGUGUCGCCGGCCGCGCGCCUGGAGGUCUUCCGCUUCGAGUCCUCCGCCGCGGAGUGACUUCGUGCAGGCGGUCACGAUCAUCCAUAAAUAUUAAUUAACGGUCACGAUUCAAUGCCAUAUAUCAAGGAUCAAACUAUAUUGUAUGCGUGUGUGUAUUCUCGUGCUUUUCCUAAUUCGUGCAAAGGAGUGAAAAAUCUCGUAAUAAGAGAAGCUUUAGCGUACAAGCAAGUCAUCACAGCACAGCAUUCCCAGGAAUGUUCUAUCGCACUCACUCAAUGGAUUGAUUUGAGAUAAUA